AUGGCGGCCUCUCUCCUCCACGCCGCCGCCUCCUCCCCGCUCGCGGGCCCCAACCCGGCCGCCCGCGCGGCCUUCCGCCCCCUCGCUUCCUCCCCAUUCCUGCGCCUCGCGCGCUCCUCCCCCGACCGCCGUGCCCGACUGGACGCCUCGCUCCGGGCCCUCUCGGGCGGCGCUCGCCUCGCCGCUGGAGUGGCCGCCCCCCGUUCUCGCCGCUUCGUCGCCGCCCUCGCGGGGGAGGAACCGAUGAGUUCAGAAUUGGGUGAUGACAAGGAAAAGGAAACAGAGAAGAUUGAAAUAGAGCCGGAGGAGGCCCAGGAGGUGUGGAGGGAAAUGCUCAAGCAGUUCAAGGCCGAGGCCAUCCGAAUGCAGGCCCUGACAACGCAGGCAUAUGAUGUCUACUCCAAGAGGGCGAGGGAGGUGCUGUUAGAGGCCUCGGAGAAGCUAAGGAUCCAGGCAGAUAAAGCACAAAAGGACCUGACCAUCAUCGCUGCAGAGGUUGGUGAGGAGGGGCAGGAAUAUCUACAGCUGGCAGCUAAGAACUCCCCAGAUUCUAUCAAGGAUAUCACCGAGACAAUCAAUGCAGUUGGCAACCUCAAUGGACCAUCAGAGUAUAAGGAUUAUCAUGUCGGCAUUUCAUUUGGUACCUUUCUUACUGUAGGAGGUUUCCUUAACUUCAUGCUAACUGGAAGCACAUCUGCAAUUCGCUUUGGUUUUGUCCUUGGGUUUGCACUGUUGGCUCUGGGUAUCUCAAGUUUGAGAUCACAAAGAGCAGGCGGUCGUCAGCCUCGUCUUCUGCUGAAAGGGAUACAAGAGGCUAUUGCAAGCGUUAUCUUCUUCAAGGACUUGUCAGUUUUCUUCCGGCAUGGGUGGUUUCCAAAUGUUUUCGCGGUCCUUCUCAGUGGAAUGGUGGCGACCUUUUACAUUCAUCGCAUUGUGACUGGUGGCCACAAAGGUAGCACCGAGAGCAGUUCAGAUAACUAA